CUCGCCUCGCGUGUUCCGGCCGACCAAUCGCCCCUCGCCAGUUGCCACCGGCGGAGCGUCAGUUUGUUUACAUCCCGCGAGUGCACAGGUUCCGACGCCCCGAUGACACCUGAGGGGAUCGCCGCCUUUCAUCUCUGAGUUUGGACUUGAAUUCCCCCUCGGGAGACGGUGCGAAGGAGAUCGUGGUGGUCGUCAGGGCUUCCGGGGACUUUUCAUGUAGGGGCUUUCGGAAGAGGAGGAGGUCGCCCCCGUUUUUCUCUCCAUAGGAAUCACAAGUCUUAUUUAUUUAUUUCCUCUCCCUCCCCCCUCUCCCCCUCCCGUUCCUCUGAGGUGUUGAAGGGACAGAAUGGUGCGGAUACAGGUGAAGACUGCCACAGGGGUGUCAAGUCCCCUGGGGGUGAAGAGCCUGCUGGUGUUCACGGUGCUUCUGCUGGCGUGGCUGGCGGGGUUCCUGUCCAGGCUCUUCGCGGUGAUAAGGUUCGAGAGCAUCAUCCAUGAGUUCGACCCCUGGUUUAAUUACAGAGCAACAGCUCAUAUGGUCAAACAUGGAUACUACAACUUCCUCAAUUGGUUUGACGAGAGAGCUUGGUAUCCUCUUGGAAGAAUUGUAGGAGGCACAGUAUACCCAGGCUUGAUGGUCACCUCAGGAAGCAUACACUACAUACUUAAUAUGCUUAACAUACCUGUACAUAUUCGUGACAUCUGUGUUUUCUUAGCACCAAUUUUCAGUGGUUUGACAGCUAUUGCUACUUAUUUGUUGACUAAGGAAAUUUGGUCAUCAGGAGCUGGCUUGUUUGCUGCUUGUUUCAUAGCUGUAGUUCCUGGAUACAUCAGUCGUUCCGUAGCAGGAAGUUACGAUAAUGAAGGCAUUGCUAUCUUUGCUCUGAUGUUCACCUAUUUCCUUUGGGUGAAAUCAGUGAAGACCGGAAGUUUGUUUUGGGCGUCGAUGGCAUCCCUGUCGUACUUUUACAUGGUGAGCGCAUGGGGUGGCUACGUAUACAUCAUUAACCUCAUCCCCCUGCACGUUUUUGCCCUGUUGCUCAUGGGUCGUUUCUCUCAUCGCAUCUACACGGCCUACACAACUUUCUACAUCCUGGGGCUGAUUUGUUCCAUGCAGAUUCCUUUUGUUGGUUUCCAGCCAAUAAGAACCUCUGAACAUAUGGCAGCAGCUGGUGUGUUUGCCCUCUUGAAUGCUGUUGCUGUAUUAAAGUACAUGCAGAGUGUCAUGUCAAGAGCCGAAUUCCGUCAUUUCUUCAUAGUAGCCGCUGGGAGUGCCGCAGGUGUUGUAUUCCUGGCAGUUGUGGGCCUUACCUGGAUGGGUGUCAUUGCCCCAUGGAGUGGCAGGUUUUAUUCCUUGUGGGACACUGGAUACGCAAAAAUCCAUAUCCCCAUCAUUGCUUCGGUCUCAGAACACCAGCCUACUACGUGGUUCAGUUUCUUCUUUGAUUUGCACAUCUUAGUCGCUACCUUCCCAGUUGGUCUGUGGUAUUGCAUCAAGAACGUGAAUGAUGAGAGAGUGUUCAUUGUCUUGUUUGCUGUGAGUGCUGUCUACUUUGCUGGUGUGAUGGUCCGUCUCAUGCUGACGCUUACGCCGGUUGUCUGUGUUCUGGGAGGGAUUGCCUUCUCUAGACUCUUUGAGGUGUAUUUGAAGGAGGAAGAGCAGUCAAGGCCUCAAAGCAAAGACUCCAGUGAUGAUGAUGAAGAUGGAGAGAAGAAUAACAAAUAUGACAAAGCUGGAAAGUUAAGGAAGAUGAAACAUGAACAACAGUCCAGCAACGACAGCCUUGGCGUGAACAUCCGCAGCAUGGUGAUUGUAGCAGUAUUGAUGAUAUUGAUGAUGUUUUCCGUCCACUGUACUUGGGUCACCUCGAAUGCAUAUUCUUCACCUUCAAUUGUCUUAGCCUCUUACAACCAGGAUGGGAGCCGGCAGAUUCUGGAUGAUUUCCGUGAAGCUUAUUAUUGGCUUGCCCAGAACACAAAUGAUGAUGCAAGAGUCAUGUCCUGGUGGGAUUAUGGAUAUCAGAUAGCUGGAAUGGCCAACAGGACAACAUUGGUCGACAACAAUACUUGGAAUAAUUCUCACAUUGCUCUCGUUGGGAAGGCCAUGUCAUCGAACGAGACGGCGGCAUAUGACAUUAUGACUGCCUUAGAUGUUGACUAUGUGCUAGUCAUUUUUGGAGGUGUCAUUGGUUACUCUGGUGAUGACAUAAACAAAUUUUUGUGGAUGGUACGCAUUGCAGAAGGAGAACACCCAAAAGAGAUUAGGGAGAGCGAUUACUUUACUGAUCGUGGAGAGUUCCGAGUAGAUGCUCAGGGAUCAUCUACUCUUCUGAAUUGCCUGAUGUACAAGCUGUCGUAUUACAGAUUUGGAGAAUUAAAGCUGGACUUCAGAACUCCACCUGGUUUUGAUCGCACCCGUAAUGCAGUUAUUGGCAACAAGGACUUCAAAUUGACAUACUUGGAAGAGGCUUACACAACUGAGCACUGGCUUGUUCGUAUUUAUAGAGUAAAGAAACCUGAUGAGUUCAACAGGCCCCGUAUUCCCUUGGCACAGAGAAAGGUGAAAAGAAGGAGUGUCUACCUCACCAAAAAGACAAGCAAGAAACGCCGUGGCACCAUAAAGAACAGGCCAGUGGUUGUGAAGGGAUACCGACCAAAGAGCAAGCUCACCUAAGCCAUUAAGUGGCCUCCUGUUUUGAGAGCGUCUACAGUAUCCUUGCUCUUCUCUCAGAAUCAUCUGCUUUGUUUAACUGUUGUUACUAUUUUUUAAAUUCAAUUUUAUUUAUUAUUUUUUUUAUAUCAAGUUUCCUUAGUCUUCACCUUACACUUCCUCACCCUUGCUCCUCUAUAUUCACGCCCUCUGUUUGUGCGUGGGUGUGAACAUACGUGUGAAAAUAAACAAUGUAGGGUUUUGCAAUAGUCAUUUUUAGAGCAUCAGAGACUGAAGGUGUGGGUAUAAAUCUUUGAUGAUUCAUCUAUUUGUAAAGAAAGUAAUCAAGAUUCAGAUGUCUUUUCAAAUGAAAAUUAAUAAAUAAUGGAUGCAUAUAAUAAAGACCAGAAAGCUGGCUAAAGUAUUCUUUAGUCUGACAAUGCCUUAACUUUGCUGUACAGUAAAUGUACCAUUCUGAGUAAGAAUGCAGGCACAGAAUUGUGCACUUUUCCUUUUUUUGGUUAUUCUGAUAUUAUUUUAUCAGCUUAAAAUAAAUAAAAUACAAAUAUAUCAAUGUAACAUACCCUGAAACAUGUUUUAUAAUCCAAUUCUAUACCAGUGACCAUUUUCUUUUACAACAUUAACAUGCCAAGAAGCAUGGACUUGUAGAAACAGCUUUUCAUGUGCAUCUUCAUGAAAAUAACAUCUAAAAAAGAAAUUUACUAUUAUGCAGAUUUGAAAGGAUGGUUUUCUCUAUAUGUUUUAAAAAAGGAUUAUAAAAAUAAAGAAGGACAUGUUUACUUUUUAUUUUUAUUGAUCAUACUGUUUGAUAUGGUGAGUUUGUCCAGCAGUACAAUAAAUCAAGAAAUUGUACAUGUGAAAUUGUUUAAAAGUAAAAAAAGUAGUGUAAUCCUAAAUGUUAACUGUGAUACCAGUAAUGUACUGCAGAAUGCUAUAAAUCUUUUUAAUAUUGAUAUCAGUAGAUAUCUCUUGUGUGGGAAACUUAAAGUUUAUGGGUUGAAGUUAAUUAGUAUGAAAAGUUCUUGUCAUGUAAGUUCACAGGUAUUAUGAUAGUCAUUUUUUAUCACAUUCCGGGGAGAAAUGUAGGAUAUGGAGUAUAUUUGAAUAUCUAGAUUGAAGUGUUUAUUAUUUAUUUAGGAUAAAAAGGCAGGGAAUUUAAGGGAAAAGGAUAAUCAAAAGUUUGUGUCUGUUAGCAUAUUUCCACUUUGAUAAGCAUAUUGCAAGGUAAUGCGUUAUUCUUAAGAAGUGUUUAUGCAGUAUAUUGAUAUUGCUGGAAAAAAUCGGUCGUAUGGUUACAACUUUAUAAUUGUGGGAGGAAUAAAAUGUGGCUUUGUCCCCCACCCCCCUUAAGACUAACUUUCAUUAUAAUUGCAGAUAUAAGAUAAUUGUUGAUGGAUCUAAUGGCAGUGGUAGGGUAUCUUGACACAAAAAACCUGUGUGUGUUUUACCGUAGUACAACUUCAAAUUCUGUUUUGAGUAUGUUGGAAAUUAUUCCAAGUCACUCAACACUUAUAUUUCAUAUUUUGUGUGACAUUUUUUCCAAGUAACAUGUUAUUUGUUAAUGGAUGGAGUUUCCUCAGAAUACUAUGUACACCGAUCAAUUCCAUGUUGACUGGGUGGGGAAAUAGUAAUUAUACACAUUGGCAAGAGUCGUUGACAAGCAUUGUUGGUUUUCAUGCUUACAAAGCCGAAUAUGUUCUCUUCACUGUUUAUCCAUGAAUUUGCAUAUUUGAGUUUACUUUGAUAUCUGCUUAUCACCAACAGAUUUUCUCCUAUUAUUGUUGAUUAAGAAUAGAUAAUACAGGGAAGAUCCUAUGGAACUUAAAACACCCUGCCUUAAAAUGUAAGUGACAAAUAAAGUUGUGUUUAGA